CUAAUUAUCUCUUGGCUCUUUUUGUUAUUUGUAGAAUGUUUGCUGAAGAACAUCCUGUGUGUUCUUGAGAGUGACUCUGAAGGAAGUGAAUUCUCUGAUAUCUCUGCGUGUGAGGAUGAUGUCAGUCUGCCUAUAAACGCUGACAUAGAAGAAUUGUGUGAUGAACUCUCUCGUAUGCCUGAGGAUGCAGCUUUCCCUCAGCAGCCAGCUGCUUUGACAUACGAGGUGGAGGACUGGGAUAAAGAGUUGGAGGAGUCUGAAUGUAGUCCUUAUGAUGCUGGCGAUCUCUGCUGCGGAAGCUUUCAGGAAAAUAAUCUUUUGGCCUCAUACUCAUUUCGAGAGGAUUCGUUGUACAACCCGUGCUGUCACCAUGCAGCUUGCCUUACUUUUACACUGCCAGUUAGAAUGACUGAGGUUGGCCAGUUUGAUGAUGCUGAUGAAUGAGGUCAGAAGUAAGUUUGGUUUCUGAGUUGGGUUGUUCUUCACUGACUGAGUUGCAGGUGCUGUAAGCUGCUAGUGCACUUCUGGACUAUUUUCUGUUUGUGUUACAUAGAUCUGUGUUGCUAAGUCAUUGUUUGGGAGGAAGUAUAUAAUUUCUAAUCUUACCUUGAUUGCAAAGUGUUGCCAAUUUUGGCAUGCCUGGUACUUGCAUGUCUGGACACUGAACCUGUAAUUUUAUUUCGUUUGUUAUGGAAUUGGUCUUAAAAACUCUUCCAACUUCUCUGUUGUACUUCUGUGUUGCAGUUUGUGACCACAUCAGUCAUGACAAAUUAGAUGUGACAUUACAAAAUGAUUCUUUUGGUUUGAUAUGUUUCAAUACAAAGGAAUUUGCAAAAUGUCUGUGAUGUAUGUAAUGCACCUGUAGGCAUAUAUUUGGGAUUUUCUUUCCUACAGAAAUGUUGGGUGUUUGUCAGCCUCCCAGGAAAGGUUUCUGCACAUCAGACCUUGUACUCAGGUGUACUGUAUUGUCCUCUAGUCUCGCAGUAGUCUGAUGUUGCGUGAGGAUGUUUUAAAGACAUGUAAUGACAAAGAAAAUAAGCUUAUGUGAUCUCAGUGUGUCCUGCAAACAGUAGUGAAUUGAUAUUGCUGCUACUUUGUUAUUUCUGUGUUGACAAAUGAGGAAGUGGGAACACAAAAUACUUCCAUAAAGUUUCCAAGAGAAUAGCUGGAACUGAAACUAUAUUCUUUUUGCCUGUGCUUUGGAAUUAAAGGAAAUGUUCUCAAAUGAAGAAUGGAAGUGGAUUGAAUGACUGACUACUUACAAAAACAAUUUCUUGUUGCUCAUAUUUCUUUAAUCACUUCUCAAGAACGUUUUGAUGACUUUUUUGCCACUGCCCCAUACUGAAGCACGGUACCUUGUUUAUUCUCAGGCAAGGAGUUAACGCAGUUGGAAGACUUUGUUUAAACUAUCCAUUGUAUGAGACUAACUUAUGUAUUAGCAUGGGAGGAGGAAAUGAGUGAGAGUAACUUUUGUUUAAUCUUUUCUUUGAGAGCAGAGGAAAACAAGAGCUCAGGUGAGUCUUUUUUUCUGGUACAUGGGAGUCCCCAGUUAAAUCUGAGUAUGUAGCAAAGAACCAAAGUAAAGAGCAGAAGCUGGCUGGUGAUUCUGUAGCUUAAUUCCAGUAUGAUGGAGUCCUCCAGGUGGUCCUAUUUCUG